CACCCCACCUUCCCAGUCUCCGUUUUCAGCUUCUUCAUUUUGAAUCAUUUCCCAUCAAACUAAACCUUCCCCAGAAAAAAGAAAAGAAAACAAGAACACCAGAGGGUUUUUUUCAGUUUCCGUUUCGCCAUGGACAGACUGGUGAAGCCAGACGUGAAAGAAGUUGAGCUCAACUUCAAGAGAGACCAAAAGUGCACCACAACGUUCAGGCUAAGCAACCUCAUGCACACCAUGUCUGUAGCUGUGUCUCUUACCACCACAAACCCAUCUCUGUUUUCCUUUUCUCAGCCCUUCUCCAUAAUCCCACCGCUCUCCUCAGCAUCCUACAGCCUCUUCCUUUCUCAGCCGUCUGAUCAACCCCCUCUCCCUCUGUCGACCCCUCAUGACGUCAUCAACGUCAAAACCUCCAUGCUCCCCACCGGCAAGGCGCAUCAGGACGAUCUUCGCCGUCUGUUUGCAAGGCCUGGGCCCCACGUUUUCAAGGACGCCACCAUACCCAUCGCCUUCGUGGGUCCACAUGUGGUUGAAUUUCUCAUUUCCCAGCAAACCCGAAUCUCGGAAUUUGAUUCUUUCUUCAACAAAGCGAUUUCUGGGUGUUCUGUAUCUGACCUCACUGCGCUGCUCAAAUCCGCCAUAGCCUCUGGGAAUGCCAACUUGGUUUCUGACCUCAUUGACGCCGGUGCGGUUGUGAAUCAGAGAAAUUCGGAUUCUGGGUCUUUGCUAUCUCUGGGUGUUGGAGCCGGAAACGUUGAAAUUGUAAAGGUUCUGAUAGCCUCCGGCUGCGGAAUUGGUAACAAUUCGGCCGACAUGGUUUUGCACGAAGCAGCGGCGAUAAACCGGGUCGAUUUGAUUGAGAUUUUGUGCAAGAGUUUCGCCGGGAUCGACCUGAAUUGGGUCGACCCGGAAGGUCGGACUCCGAUCCACGUCGCGGCGGCUCACGGUCACGUCGAGACGUUGAAGUUUUGUAUUUCGGUUGGAGGCAAUGCUGAGGUUUCGGACUGUGAAGGUUGGAGUCCUCUUCAUUGCGCAGCGGAGAAGGGUCAUUUGGAGGCCGCUAAGUGUUUGUUAGAUUGCUCCAAUGUCAAGUAUGCCGUCACCAGAGAUGGAAGGACAGCUUUUGACAUAGCCGCGGCUAACGGGCACUCGGGCCUGCUCGGUGUUCUGCGUUACGACGACGUUCUGCACCGGGCGGCGAGGUUGGACGAUGCGCAUGGGUUGAAGAGUUGCCUUGCGGAAGGGGCAGAUGUGAAUGGGAGGGACCAAAAUGGGUGGACCCCUUUGCACAGGGCUGCAUUCAAAGGCAGGAUUGAGUGUGUGAAGGUGUUGCUUAACCAUGAUGCUCAGGUUGAUGUGGGUGAUGAUGCUGGGUACACGCCGCUGCAUUGCGCAGUGGAGGCGGGGCACGUGCAGGUUGCUCUGCUGUUGGUUGCUCAUGGAGCUCGAGCCAAUGUGAAGAGUUUGGAGGGUGUGAUGCCUAUCAAUUUGGACCGUUUCAAGAACCACCCAGCUCUUGUCCAGCCUUUGUGUCAUGGAAAAGAGCGAGCUUGAAGAACUGAUAUCGUGAAUAUUAUAAUGUGUUGUUGAAUUAUCUUGUUAUUUUAUGAUGCACUAUGCAAUCAAAUGUGUAUAUAGUUAUGUCGAUUUUCGGAUGUUUGUUGUAUAAUGUGGGAUGAUGAGUUUGAAUGGUUGGGUAGAGAGAGAUAUGUAAGAGUUAUAAUUGUGUUUCCCCUCCACAACCAUGUUGUAAAAGUGAGUAAAACUCCCAUUUCUAGGGAACCAAUAUGGCUUCUGAUGAAGAUUCAGUUCAGUCUCA